AUGUCAUUAAUAUCACCUGAUACGUUUAAUGAUACCAGUAAUGUUAUUCCACCAUCUGAUGCGCCUAUAACAACAUCAAAGGCAUUUCAAUCGGCAUUAGCGAGUGUUUCACAUGCCACAACAAAUAAUAGUCAUGUUCCCAGUGAAUUAGAACAAUUAUCUGCUACAGCAACAACAAACAAUACUACUUUGACAACGACUGCUCAGUCACCUGUAGAAUAUCCUGAAGAUCGUACUUCAAAAGAUUAUUACUUCGAUUCUUAUGCACAUUUUGGCAUUCAUGAAGAAAUGUUAAAAGAUGAGGUCAGAACAUUGACCUAUCGUAAUUCAAUGAUUUAUAAUCGACAUUUAUUUAAAGAUAAAGUUGUGCUAGAUUUAGGCUGUGGGACGGGAAUUCUCUCGAUGUUUGCCGUCAAAGCCGGUGCAAAAUGUGUUAUUGCUAUCGAUAUGUCGAAUAUAAUUGAAUAUGCCGAACAGAUAGUUAAAGAUAAUGAUCUAUCGGAUAAAAUAACAUUAAUUCGCGGAAAAAUCGAAGAAGUUGAAUUACCAAAUGGAAUAACGGAAGUAGAUAUCAUUGUAUCCGAGUGGAUGGGUUAUUGUCUGUUGUAUGAAUCAAUGUUAAAUUCUAUUUUGUACGCAAGAGACAAAUGGUUAAACAAACAGAGUGGUCUCAUAUUUCCAGACAAAUGUAGUCUAUAUCUUUGUGCCAUAGAAGAUCGUUCAUAUAGAGAUGAAAAAAUUAAUUGGUGGUAUAAUGUGUAUGGAUUCGAUAUGAGUGCUAUACGUGAAGUGGCUAUCAAAGAACCAUUAGUUGAUUGUGUUGAUAAUCGUCAAGUUGUAACAUCUCAUUGUUUAUUAAAAGAAUUUAAUUUGCAUACUGUUACUGUUCAAGAUUUAUCCUUUGAAACACGUUUUCAAUUAGAAGCAAGACGUUCAGAUUCUAUACAUGCAUUAGUAGCUUAUUUCAGCGUAGAAUUUAGUAAAUGUCAUAAAUACACAGGAUUUUCGACAGGACCUGAUUCAUCGUACACUCAUUGGAAAUCGACUAUCUUCUAUUUGGAUCAAGAUGAUGUGCAAUUAAAUAAAGGUGAUAAAUUAAAUGGUAUGUUCAAAUUAAGACCGAAUCCAAAUAAUCAAAGAGAUUUAGAUUUUGAUAUUGAACUAAGAGGUAUAAAAGUCUCCAGAGAUGUGACAGUUUUUAACGCAUUGAUGUAUUGGGUUGAACAGGAAAUGGGGGAGAAAAAGGCAAAACAUCGGAUGAAGUGUAGUGAUUUAUGUCAAUCGCAUGAUGAACAGUUAAAAAUGGUUGGACAAGAAUUUCCAACUGAAUCAUCUGCAAAGCUAUUGCAGUUACUUCGCAAACAAAAUGGAGAUGUCGAUCAGGUACGUGAAAUUUUGAAACGUCAUAGUAUUCGUAAGGCAAAAUUUGAAGAAACUGAAACGAAAUAUGCUGAACAGUUAGCUGUAUUGCAACAACAUACCACAUCAGACAUGCCGAAAAAACAUUUUAUCUUACGCUUAAUGUCACGUUUUGACGGCGAUGUUGAAAUUGUACGUAAAUGUUUGGAAAAAUUGAAAACAACAAAUGAAAAUAAAGAUCAAUUACGUGAAAAAUAUGGUAAACAAUUGGCCGAAUUAGAGAGUAAUGGUUUCAAUAUAAAAUGUCCAUGUAUUUAUAAGCUAUUAGAAAAAUAUGACGGUGAUGUUACAAAGGUUCGAGAAAUCAAACAACAUCAACUGGAAAAGAAGAAAAAUACUAAAAUAUCCGAAGAGCAAUAUAGUGAACAACUGAAACAAUUAAAAAAUGAAGGUGUCAAACUUAAGAAUAAACGUGUUAUUGUUCAUCUGUUGAAAGAAGCAAAUGGCGAAGUUGCAAUGGUCAAAAAGUUUUUGUUAGAAGAACAAAACAAAAACGAGGAGAAAAAAGAAAGCCCAACUGAAAAAAAACCACAUGCUGCUAGUCAAGAAGCGUUGAGUGCCAAUGAUCUUGCUGAUUUAGAAAAAUUACAAAAUGGUGGUGUUCGUGGUAAUCCAUUCAAAAUUUUAAAAAUUUUUCAUGAAUGUAAUAAUUCGGUAGAAUUAACAGCAGAAAAAUGUCGUCAACACAAAGAACAACGGAAAAAAGCUCAAGAAGAACGAGAGAAAAAACAUGAAUUAAUCAAUGAUACUCAAAAUAGUUAUCAUACAGUAGCGGAAAAGAACGAUUGGCCUACGCAUGUAACAAAUGUUUAUCUUGAUGGGAACAAUAUGAUGUUCGUUGUUGAUUCAUUACGUCGUUUAUGCUUGAAUCGUCAAGGAAAGAAAACAGAGAAAGCGAUUGCUGAAAUAGCGUCAGCAUGGAAUGAACAAAUGAAUAUUGCUAAUUUAAAUCUCAUCUAUGAUUCAACAAGACAACUAGCUUCUGUUGGUACUGUUCAUGUUCAAAGUGCUCAUCCAACAUUCCAAACAACCGAUGACAUGUUAAUUGAUAUAAUGAAAAAACGGGAUAAAGAGAUAAAUGAACACACAGUAGUGGUAACAAGUGACAGAUAUCUUGCUGCACAGCUGAUAACGGUAGGUUGUAUACUGGUGAAACCUUACCAUUGGUUUGCGCACUGUGUAAUGGUAUUAGCUCCCGAUCUGAUUAAAGAAGAUUUAGAUGGAGUAGAAGCAAAGUUAACGGAGAAACAGGACGUUGGUGAUCGAUCAAAAAGUCAAAAUAGAAAAGGUAAAAAGCAUUAUGACUUCGAUCAAUUGGUAAAACGUAUAGUCAAAAUGGAUAAAUGAUUAGCUUAUACAUGUGCACAUCUAACAAUUUUAUUAGAAAACUAAAAUUUUUUAAAGCAUGAUUUAUUUUUAUACAGCAGCUAUAAAUGAAAAUUUAUCUAGUAUUAAAAAAAUAACAUAAUCUAUUAUAUUGAUAAUAAAUGAUAUUUAUAGCCAUACAAAAUUGAAAAAGAUUUUCUUUUAUAAUUAGAAUGAGAAUGCGUUAAACUUUUUAUAGUCCCCUACUUUCUAGACACGUGAAUGGAAAGACUACAAACUCUCGAUAACAGACAACUAUCAGAAGUAUCAUCGUGGCUUAAUAGCUCUCACAAGAUUCACUGGUUUUUAUGAAUAAAUGAAAAACUAGACUAUAUGGAUAUAAUUUUGGAGCAUUAGAGUAUAAAUCUAUAUCAGAUGAAAAGAUGAGCGAUAACGGUUAAAUUGAUCUAUUGUAUGCGCAGCAAAAAUCUUUCAGAGUUUCACACAUGAAUGUUCUCUCAAUAGUUCUGAAUUUUCCUGAUCAUUUAUUCUUAAUGGAUGUCAUUGCACUUUUGUUUCUAAUUUUUUUUGCAUGUUCUUUGCAUACAAACAAACCUGUGGUUAUUAUAUAUAAGGACAUAUGCUGGAAGAAUCGUUAGACUUUUAAACUCAGUUACAAUCCCACGAUGGCUAUGUGCGUGUUUCUUCUGCAUGGAAAAACUUCUCUUCAAACUCUUUUUCUCACGAGUUAUUUUAUGAGCUUUUUUCCGUUGUUCUUUGUGUUGACGACAUUUUUCUGCUGUUAAUUCUACCGAAUUAUUACAUUCAUGAAAAAUUUUUAAAAUUUUGAAUGGAUUACCACGAACACCACCAUUUUGUA